GAGAACAAAGGGAAAAGGUGCUGGUGAAAAAACACCGCAAGGGCUCUGCCUCCUUGAGGGAGAUGGCAGAAGAUUGCACCCUUGUUAUGGUGAUGCCUUCUCCAUGCAAGACUUGAAGGACUCUUUUGGAUAUUUGAGGGCUUCUGCAACUCCGACGAACUGCAGCCGGUCAGUCAGGAUGUAGCUACAUGUGCAGCAGCUUGUCCCUCAGGAGGCAGGGCUGGAUGGUGUAAAAGAAGUCAAGUCAAAGAACGUGACCCUCACAGCGCAGCGCUACUUCUCCAGGUGUGAUAGGGCCUUGUGGGUGAAGGGAUGGCAUUCGCUUUCCUCAUCCUCUUCCUCAACGUGCUGCUCUUCCUCAGUGUGUCGGCGUAUAACACAUCAGCUGGCAUUACUAAUCAAUCACAAGCAUCAUCUCUAAAGCUCUCAACUCUCUUAAAAGAAUCAACAGGUUGUGCGAUCAUCCGUCCUCCCAGAGACGGAGGGAUCAGGUACCGAGGACUGACUCAGGAACAGAUCCGCAGCGUGCAGCUGCUCCCUGUGGACUAUGAGAUCGAGUACAUCUGCAGAGGAAACAGGAUGAUUGUUGGGCCAAAGGUCAGGAAGUGUUUACCCAACGGGACAUGGACUGACCUCAACGUACGCAGCCAAUGCUUGUUGGUGUGUCCUCGUAUGUGGACGUCUCUGGAGAACGGUCGAGUGACUUCAUGGCCCCUGGGGCCCCCUCUAGAGGGGACGGUGCUGUACUACAGCUGUCUGCCUGGUUUCAUCCUGAUGGGACGAAACUCGACGCAGUGCAACAAGAUGGGGAAGUGGGACAGUCCUAAACCAGUCUGUCACUACGAUCGACACUACAGAGGAAAGAAGAAGCUCUACAUCGGCGCUCUUUUCCCCAUGAGUGGCGGCUGGCCGGGGGGACAGGCCUGCCUCCCUGCUGCUCAGAUGGCCCUGGACCUGGUCAACAAGAGGACAGACAUCCUGCCAGACUACCAGCUGGAGCUGAUCUACUAUGACAGCAUGUGUGACCCCGGCGAGGCGACCAAGCUGCUGUAUGACCUUCUGUACACAGAGCCCAUAAAGAUGGUGCUGAUGCCGGGCUGCAGCUCAGUGUCCACACUGGUUGCUGAAGCUGCUCGGAUGUGGAACCUGAUUGUGCUCUCGUACGGCUCCAGCUCUCCGGCUCUGUCCAACCGUCAGCGUUUUCCCACCUUCUUCAGAACCCACCCGUCGGCCACACUACACAACCCGACACGAGUCCAGCUGUUCCAGAAGUGGAAGUGGACAAAGAUAGCUACAAUUCAACAAACCACUGAAGUCUUUACAUCUACUCUGGAUGACUUGGAGGAGCGAGUGAAGGAGGCAGGGAUUGAGAUCAGCGUUCGUCAGAGUUUCCUGACAGAUCCUGCUGUUGCCGUUAAAAACCUGAAGCGCCAAGAUGCCAGAAUCAUCGUGGGUCUGUUCUAUGAGACUGAGGCCCGUAAGGUGUUCUGUGAGGUGUACAAGGAAAAACUCUAUGGGAAGAAGUAUGUCUGGUUCCUGAUUGGCUGGUACGCUGAUAACUGGUUUAAGAUUAAAGACCCUGCCAUUAACUGCACCGUGGAGCAGAUGACGGAGGCUGUGGAGGGUCACGUGACCACCGAGAUCGUCAUGCUCAACCCUGAAACAGUGCGGGGGGCCUCCAACCUGACCUCUCAGGAGUUUCUGGCCCAGCUGAUGUCCAAACUCGGCGGAAAGAACCCAGAAGAGACUGGGGGGUUCCAGGAGGCUCCUCUGGCCUAUGAUGCAGUGUGGGCUCUGGCACUGGCUCUCAACAAGACAGUAGGGCCCCUGAGGGUGAAGGGCCACCGUCUGGAAGAUUUUAACUACAAUAACCGAGCAAUCACAGCUGAGAUCUACAGAGCACUAAACACCAGCUCCUUCGAGGGGGUGUCGGGUCAUGUUGUGUUUGACGCUCAAGGCUCUCGGAUGGCGUGGACUUUGAUUGAACAGCUUCAAGGAGGGAGCUAUAAGAAGAUCGGAUACUAUGACAGCACCAAAGGAAACCUGUCCUGGUAUGGAAAUGACAAGUGGAUCGGCUCUGCCCCCCCAGCAGAUCAGACAGUGGUCAUCGAGGAGUUUCGUUAUCUCUCUCAGAAGCUCUUUGUGUCCGUGUCAGUGUUCGCCGGGUUUGGGAUCAUCUUAGGAAUCAUCUGCCUCACCUUCAAUAUUUACAACAGCAAUGUUAGGUACAUCCAGAACUCUCAGCCGUACCUGAACAACAUGACAGCAGUGGGCUGUAUGAUGGCGUUAGCUGCUGUUUUUCCCCUGGGCAUCGAUGGCCUACACGUCCACAAACACCACUUCCCUGUUGUCUGCCAGUUCCGACUCUGGUUACUCGGCCUGGGCUUCAGUCUGGCGUACGGCAGCAUGUUCACCAAGAUCUGGUGGGUCCACACCGUCUUCACCAAGAAGGAGGAAAAGAAGGACAGGAGAAAGCAGCAUUUGGAGCCAUGGAAACUAUACGCCACGGUGGGCGUCCUGCUUGGGAUCGAUAUCCUCUCUCUGAUGAUCUGGCAGAUCGUUGACCCUCUGCACAUCACUGUGGAGAAGUUCACCAGAGAAGCUCCUAAAGGCGAUCUGGACGUCCUGAUUCAGCCUCUGCUGGAACACUGCAGCUCUCAGAAGAUGAACACCUGGCUGGGCGUGGUUUAUGGUUAUAAAGGUUUACUGCUCCUGCUCGGCAUCUUCCUCGCCUAUGAGACUAAAUCCAUCUCUACUGAGAAGAUCAACGACCACCGUGCUGUGGGCAUGGCCAUCUACAAUGUGGCGGUCCUGUGUAUGAUCACGGCUCCUGUCACCAUGAUCCUCUCCUCUCAGCAGGACGCAUCCUUUGCCUUUGCCUCCCUCGCCAUCGUCUUCUCCGUCUACAUCACGCUGGUUGUUCUGUUUGUCCCAAAGAUGAGGCGUCUGAUCACACGAGGGGAGUGGCAGUCUGACGCUCAUGAGACGAUGAAGACUGGCUCAUCCACCAACAACAACGAUGAAGAGAAGUCCAGACAGCUGGAGAGAGAGAACAAGGAGCUGCAGAAGAUCAUCCAGGAGAAAGAAGAACGAGUGUCCGAGCUGAGGAACCAGCUGUCGGAGCGUCAGGCACUCAGAUCCAGGAGACGAGCGUCCACAGUGUCCAAUCAGAACCAUAGCUCUCCACCCCUCACAGACCCCCGCUCCUUAGCCCCACCUCCAGGGUACCCUGCCCCCACCCUGGACCCCCACCCGGUCUCUGCAUCCUACGCCAACUCGUCCAGCCUGUACCAGCCCGACAGCAAGAUCAGCAGGAACAACUGUCACGCCAGCCACCUUCAGCUGCUCUACAAGUGACCGAGAUGACCAGGAGGGAACGAUGGGGAGGAGAGGACAAAGACAACAAGGACAAGGAUGAAAGCAGAUGGAGACAAAAACAUUAAGUUUUUCUUACAUGUUUAUUGGAGAUCAGAAAACAGAAAUCAGAGGAACAUUCAUAUCAAGUCUUUAUUUGUUAUGUUUCCUCUAUUUCUGAUCUGUCCAUGCUGAUCUGUGUAUUAUUUUCAUUUCCUGUCAGAGACAGAAACAUGUACAUAUCUUGUGAAUAGUCAUGAAGCCAAACUGAAGCAUUUUAUAGGUUUUGUGUGCCAUGUAGAGUUUUAGCCCCAUUAGCGACUGAUGCUAACAUGUCCAGUUUUCACCAUUUGUUUUCAUUGAGUCGUAAAAAGUGAAUUCAUUGAGUUUGAUUGAGGUCAAACAACACGUCAUAACCACAAUUAUAGCUCAGUCUGAUGGCUGAGGGUUUUAGGACUCCGUCUUCCCUGAAGAUUGAUGGUUAUAUCCUGUUUAGUGUGUCAUAGUGAACAAUAAUCAAGGACACAUCUGAGAUGCUUCAGAACCACCUGAGAUAAAGUCUACCAUGUCUGAUUUUUCUUUCUGCCUUCAAGUAAAACUGUUAAAACCUUUGGGUCCUGAACAGGAGAAGCUUGGUCUUCAGGUGGGAACCAUUUGAAAACAGUGCUGCUCGGUAACAUGGACACCAUAAGAUGUCUUGUUCUCCUCCUUUCUCAGUGGAAAUGCUGCCAUUGUCAGGUUUUAGUAAAACUGUUAAAGAAGAAGGAGGACCCAACUGCAGAACACCCAAAAAAUAUUUUAACUAAGGCAAACACACAGAUAAUAGAACAACGAAAAGUCCAACAGAUCUGAAUCCAAAGGGGAAAAAAGUCCAUGGAGCAGAAAAACAGUGGAGAAGAAUGGGAAAAAUCCACAUGGAACAACAGAGGUUCUUAUGGGGGCACUUCAUCAAAUAUAUUAUAGAGCACCAAAGAGAAACUAAGACCUGGGAACCAAUUAUCAGAGCCACACAAAGGGAAUAGGAACAUAGGAGGUUAAAAUGACAAUAAGAAACACAAAAGCACAAUAGGAACAAUAAAAACAAAUGGGUAAACUACAAAAUAAAACAGGAAAUGUGACAGGCUGAACUAAGAAUAUAAACAGCACAGGUUUGUACAUCUUGUACAGAAACUCAAAAACUGAACAAGUCAAACUUAGGAUCAUUACAAACAUUACAGGAUUUAUUGGUGUCUAAACACCAGUUGAGGAACAAGACAACCAGAGACGAAGACCAAGGUGAAGAUCUAGCUCUGUGGCUCCCAAAGUGGGGGUCAGGACCCCCUACACCAAUGGGGGGCUGGGGGGAGCAAGAUGUGUUCCAAAAAACAAUUCAACAACUCCACUACAUGAACAUAUUUGAAUAUAUUUCAAAGCUGCAGUUGUGCCUUAUUUUCAAACUGUAUGGUUUGCCUCCUGUGAAAACUGCUAAUAAUAUUUUUUGAAAGUCAUACUAUACAUUACAUAACACUAUGUUACAUAGUAGGCCAUAGUUGGCAACCAUUAAAAAAGUGGGUGGAACUGAUGAGGAGCGAGCUCCUAUUUGGUAAAUGGAGAUUAAAAAUAAAUAAAUAAAUAAAUAAACUACCCCAUGCCUGGCUUCACCAACAUUCCAUCCAGCCUUUGAUGAUGAUGUCACUUUAAUAGGCUGUAGAGAUGAUGUCAUCCUUUAAAGCUUAUAAACGUUCCAUCCUUCUAACCCACUACAUUCAUACCUCCACCUAUUGUAUCAGACUGUGUACAUAAACAAUGGUAUUGGUGCAUUCCUACACUACAUGCUAACAGUAUCAAACAGCAGGCAGUAGAUGCUAGGGUUGUAUCGGUCAGGGUCAUUGUUCUUUUGGGUGGUGUUUACCAUGGUGCAGAAGCACUUUAAGUCCUUUAGCGGGCGCUAAAGUGCACCAUAUAGAAAUCAAUCAUGUCUCUUUGAAGGGGCCAGGUAUCGAUUUCUGUGGUACUCUGUGGUCAGGAUGUUUUUCUCUACCAUCAAAAGUGUUUCAUGAAACCAAAACAUGUCAGCCAGUUCUUUGCCUUUCUCACUGAAACUCCAAAAAACAUAGUUUCUGGUUUUUAUUUUCCUCAGCAUAAAACCCAAAAGUCGCUGUCAGAGUUCCCUUCUCACUGUUUCUACCCUCAUCUUCCCGCUUCUGCUUUUUGCCUUCAUGACCAGAGAAUCACUUCCUCUUUUACCGACAGAGAAAAUAUUUAUCUUUAAUAACAACAUGUGGUUCACUUCUGCUUGACUGAAAUAACUCAGAGAACAGAGAGAAGGGUUCACUGAUUUCUGAGUUUCUCUGUGAGCUCCAUCUUUGACCACAGAUCAUAGUUACAAGGUUAUUUCAGUCAUGAAGAAAGAGUCACCAACUAUAAAAAAAUUAGCACCUCAAAUGCUGAGCACAUUUUUAAAGUCAAGCUGCAGAUUGUAAAGAAUUAACACUGGUGUAGAGCUUGUUGUGAUCAAGUAUUUUAGCUCUUAACUGAAACUUUAGAACUGAUUAUUUGGUUUUUGAGAUCUGGUUUCCCUUUUCUCCAUUUUUGUUGUACUUUAGAAGACAGAAAAGUAAAAUGACACCAAACGAAGAGCUGUAGGAGCCUACAUUGAUAUGAAUGCAAAAGGCAAGGCUGGAAUGUCAUCCUUUGAGAUGAUGUCAUCCUUUAAUGUCUAUAUAAGGAUUUAAAGAAUGACACCAUUAAAGGCAACGGGCAGAAUGUUGGUGAAGCUGGGGAUGUUGGUUGAGUUUUCCCUCCAUUUUUGCCAAAUAGUAGGCCAUACUUGGCAACUUUAGGAAAAGUAGGUGGAAGCCCGUCAAUGGUAGAGGCUAUCAGUGCCUUUUUAACAGCUUUUCUCGCUCAUAUUGUGAUAAAAAAAAAUGACAAAUAAUCCAGAUCUCUAAAAAGAGCCAAAGUUCCCAUCACACUAAGCGAGGCUGGACAGACAUGAAUUAAGCCACGGUUUUUGUUUACUGGAAGAAUACAGAAGAUCAUGUCAGCUGAUGGAGUCUUUAAUAAAUGCCAGUACGUCCACUUAACUAAUCCCAGACCACUCCUGUGUCCACACAAAGCAUUAAGGAUUGCCACUGAUGAAGGCCUAAAACAGAUGUAUAUCCUGUUAAUGUGUUGUCUAAAUGGGUUGACAUCUUCAGCAACUCUAGACCCUAAAAGAUCAACUUAAAGUUUCCCCCCAGAGACAGCUGGAAUUGGUUUAAGGUGCUCCUUUAGGAGGAGACAUGAAACAUGAGUAAGACCUUAAACUUAACCAAAGGAAGUUUGUCUGCAGGAUCAUACUCAUGAAACUUUUUUUUAGAUUAUUUCGUUUUUUGUGUUUUUUUUUUUUCUCUAUGCCUUUUUUUUUUUUUUUUUUUUUGAUAGGCCAGGUGAAGAGAGACAGGGAGAAAGCAUGCAUGACUGAUCCCAUGACCAGUACAUUGGGGACUCUAGCCUUUGUGUGGGUGCCUGCUCUACCAGCUGGGCUAAACCAGUGCUGACCAGUGAUUAUAAACGAAUGGUUUGUGUCUGUUUAGUUUAGUACGCCCCCAAUAAUCCCACACAUUUACAAAUGUUGUACAUACUGUAUGUCCGUUUGUCUGUGUACUGAUGUAUCUGUUCCUGUGAUGCUGAUGUGAAU